AUGACAGCACACGGCCUGGCAGCUCACAGCAUGGCAGCCCACAGCAUGGCAGCCCACAGCAUGGCAGCCCACAGCAUGGCAGCCCACAGCAUGGCAGCCCACAGCAUGGCAGCUCACAGCAUGGCAGCCCACAGCAUGGCAGCUCACAGCAUGGCAGCCCACAGCAUGGCAGCCCACAGCAUGGCAGCUCACAGCAUGGCAGCUCACAGCAUGGCAGCCCACAGCAUGGCAGCCCACAGCAUGGCAGCCCACAGCAUGGCAGCCCACAGCAUGGCAGCUCACAGCAUGGCAGCUCACAGCAUGGCAGCCCACAGCAUGGCAGCCCACAGCAUGGCAGCCCACAGCAUGGCAGCUCACAGCAUGGCAGCACACAGCAUGGCAGCACACAGCAUGGCAGCCCACAGCAUGGCAGCUCACAGCAUGGCAGCCCACAGCAUGGCAGCCCACAGCAUGGCAGCUCACAGCAUGUCAGCCCACAGCAUGGCAGCCCACAGCAUGGCAGCCCACAGCAUGGCAGCCCACAGCAUGGCAGCCCACAGCAUGGCAGCUCACAGCAUGGCAGCUCACAGCAUGGCAGCCCACAGCAUGGCAGCCCACAGCAUGGCAGCCCACAGCAUGGCAGCUCACAGCAUGGCAGCACACAGCAUGGCAGCACACAGCAUGGCAGCUCACAGCAUGGCAGCCCACAGCAUGGCAGCCCACAGCAUGGAAGCUCACAGCAUGGCAGCCCACAGCAUGGCAGCCCACAGCAUGGCAGCCCACAGCAUGGCAGCCCACAGCAUGGCAGCCCACAGCAUGGCAGCACACAGCAUGGCAGCUCACAGCAUGGCAGCCCACAGCAUGGCAGCCCACAGCAUGGCAGCCUACAGCAUGGCAGCCCACAGCAUGGCAGCCCACAGCAUGGCAGCCCACAGCAUGGCAGCCCACAGCAUGGCAGCCCACAGCAUGGCAGCCCACAGCAUGGCAGCCCACAGCAUGGCAGCCCACAGCACGUGGGACGGCGGACGCUCCCACCACUUCUGGCUGAUCAGGGCGGACGCUCCCACUCACAUCUCUGCACGCUUCUACACCAUGUGCCGAGGUUCCAUUUUCCUCAAGCUAUUGCUCGAUGUGCCCGCUUGGAGCUUCUUUAAUGCAGUCCCUUCCACCUACCCGGCUGCCAAGUUGCUCCAUCCGAACGGAUAG